UGUCAUGUUAUUGUUUGUAGCUAUUGAUUUUGGAAAAUACCCAUUUUAAGAAAUAAACUUUACACGUUUGUCAUGCUCUUCCAUUAUCUAUGUCAGAGAUAUUACAAUAGAUAACACUUAACAAAACUGUUAUAGCGCUGUUCAACAACAGAGAUAGAAAGAUGUGCGACUAUACUCAUCAGUUUGGAGUUAUCGUCAUUGGUGAUAGCGCUUGUGGUAAAACAGCUUUAGUUAAACGUUUUACAACUGGCACGUAUAAUCCGUCUUACGAUUCUACGAUAGGUGUCGAUUUUGCUUUAAAACUAGUAGAAGUAAAUAAAGUCAAAAUACGUUUACAAAUAUGGGAUACCGCAGGCCAAGAGAGAUUCAGGUCAAUAUCUCAUGCUUACUAUCGCAAGGCAUCUGGAGUAUUCCUUGCUUAUGAUGUCAAUGAUAGAGUUAGUUUCCGACAUAUUUUGGACUGGUUAAAACAAGCAAGAAAAUACACAGAUAAUCCCAUUUUUCAGGUUGUUGGGUGCAAAGCUGAUUUGAAUAAUAGUCCUGAAGUAUCUACAGAAGAAGGAAGACAGUUUGCAAAAGUUAAUGGUUUUAAAUUUUUUGAAACAUCUGCUAAAAACAAUUUGAAUGUGGAAAAACCAUUUGUAACAAUGGCUACAGAUAUCUAUAAAAAAUUCGUACCCAUUAAAAAUACACCUGAUACACACUUCAGCCAAAUAAAUCUUAAACCUAAAACCCCACCACCACAGAAAACAUGCUCUAUCUGUACUUAAUUUAUAAAU